AUGAAGCUCGCCUUAUGCUGCCUUUGGAUCCCCGUGUCGCUGCUCUUCGCCCAAGCGCAUCAGGGCUGCCAGAGCGCGGCGUCUGAGUGUGCGGAUGAAUCCCUUGUGCAGCUGCCCAAGAGUUCCAAGAGUGCAUCGACCGGGACCCUGGAUAAAGCUGAUGGGGCUGGUAAAGGUGGUAAAGGUGGUGCCGAAGGAGUUCCACAAUUCGACACAAAGAAGAUCUCCGAGAAAUUUGGUGGAGCAAACCUCUGCAAGUUGAUCAAUUACGAAUCUGGUGACGUCCACUGCCAGGAUCAGCAACAGUGCACAGACCCAGCAUAUGCGAUUUGCUGCAUGGAUUCUUGUUCCCUAAAACCGGCUCCGGCAUGCACGGAUUAUGGCCCAAAGUGCCAAGCACGGAAGGCGGCCUGUGAGAUGGCAAGCUUCCUGGCAGACAACAACAACUACCUGGCGCAGCCAGCUUUGUGGAUUGAUGCAGGUACCUACCCAAGCACCGUCAUCAUGCGCCAGACCUUCGGGGGCUAUAGUCAGACCGUGUGGAAAGUCCUUCAGAAGCUCCUGAGCAAGUGCUACCAACUUGAAGACCUGAACGCAGAGAGCACCUUGGUGGGCAAUUACAGCACUUAUACCUCCGCAGGUUCCAACGGUCAAGAGUGGACCCCAUCCUGCCCGAAGAAAGCGGAGGCCAUUGAGACCUCGAAGGAGGGCCAGGAUUCCAUUUCGUCAGCUGCGAAGACUGGGAUAGAUGUUGGCGAGAAGUUGGUCAACUGGGUGGUCAGCAGCUACACACCAAUAGCCCCUGUCUACGACAUCGUGGAGUCCGUUUUGGGCAAUGUGCUCUUAGCCUCAAGUGGACCCCCUUCAAACCCUUGCACCGGUGUGGAGCAGGGUGACUGGGGCAAGUGCGUCUAUGGUCAGAUCCUUCCUUAUGUGGAGCGCUUCGUGAGCAAGUAUGUGAAGCAUGCAUUGGCCAAUUACACCGCAGAGAUCGUGCAGAUGAAGAUGCAUCAGAUCCAAAGCGAUAUCGGCAAUAUCAAAUGGCAGCUCUCGCAGGCCAAACUUUACAAUAGUUCUUUGAAGGCCAUCCAUCCAAGUGUUAGAGACUUGGUGACUUACAUGCAGAACCAACGUUUGUGGUUGCAGGACAGCAUGCUCCUUCCCCAUUUCCUGAGCAUAGAUCUCUCGAGCCAAAGCCUGGCAUUGGCCUCCGGGCUCUAUACCGACUCCACCGAGUCGAAGAUGAAAAAGGCCGAAUUUGCAGCCAACUCCGUUUGCUAUGCAAAGAUGGUCUUGAAGCGGGCCACGUACUUGAUGCAGAGCCGCAUGAAUGAGUUGAAGGCCACCCAGGUCAAUCGCCACAAGUGGACCACGCAUGAAGAGUGGGCCGGUGUUAAAUGCUGGUAUUACUACCCCGGACAGUACGAUGCACUAUGCUACGACGAGCCCCCUGAUUUCCAGCACAACCAUGUGCUGAACAUCUGCUGGCCGGGGUAUCCGCCAUAUUCGCCGUGCUACUUCGCCGAGAUCUCUGUUUGUGCAAUGCUGGGACAAGGAGGUUGCACUCCCUGGGAUUCCACUGCUUCACAUUGGUUCCUUCACCAAGCAAUGGUUCGGAAGACCCAGCUUGAUACAUUGGAGAGUUGGCUGGCGCCUCUACCGACUUGGCUUGAGAUUGCUGAAGGCUCGGAAAAUGAUUCUAGCCUUUUGUGGGACAGUGAAAGCUGGGACUGUGAUGACAUGAGUUUGCCCAUGGCUAACCUGGCCACCUCACAAGCUGGCACGAUUGGUUCCGGUGCCGAAGUGUUCAUGUUCGAGGACUGCCCAUUCGACAUCCAGACUUCCUACGCCUUUGACAGAUCAUUUGCUGACAUUGGGGAGGGGGCCUAUGUCCAAGUAAGCAUGUGGAAGCCAGUGUCUUCAUCGGAUCUGUAUUACCUGGGUGACACCUGCACAAAUCACAAAGAGCCCAGCACUGUGAGCUUCAUGAAUGCCAUCAUGUUGAACACACGGCCAGGUUAUGAGGAUGCCCUCACAAGGCCCACCGGAAUGCAGUUCGACUGGAACGAUCGUGGCACUGGCGGUGACACGGAUGGCGGCUUCUUCACACCAAUCUGCCAGGACGGCUACGUGCCCGUUGGGAGCGUAGGUGAGCAGUUUCUUGACGAUGAUGACCUCAACCCGAGUGUGGACAAUUGGCCUAAUUUGAUGUGCGUCAAAGAGGAGUACACGGAGCAAGUGCAGCUGGACAAGAGCUACUUCAUGUGGAACGACCAUGGGACCGGAGGGCAUUAUGAUGGCACGGUCUUCGUCGGGCCAUUCUACAACUCGGCAACCGGCGUCCUCGUGUAUGGUCCCUGUCAUACUGCAUCAGGGCACGUGUCCACGAUGACAGUCUACCAGCUCAAGGAGAAGUAUGUGAAAUGGUGCAAUCGAAUCUCGUCGAACUCUCCUGACUCUUGCGAUUCAGGGUGUUAG